CGAUGCGCGCGUGGAGAAAAGGAUAUUGCGCCGGACCGAACCGCAAUCUACCGGCCAUUAUUUUUGCCCCAUCCUGGGUGCAUGUGUGGGGUAUGUCUAUGUAUGCAUGCAUGUGUGUGCGUUCUCGUUCCGUUUACCCGUUCGAUCUAAUUUCUCGCGGAGGCAAAUGAUCUCCGGCGCGUUAUACGGGGGCUUCUUCUUCUUCUUCUUCAUCUCUCGAGAGCCCGCUCCGGCAACGAGUCUAGUUUUGUAAACCGGCAUUUUCCGGAAGACUCGGCUCGCGCGCUGAAACCAAAAAUCAUCAGAGCAGGUCCGGCCGAGAGAAAAGUCCGCGGUGAUUAGCCAGCCGGCGCUACGUUGCGCGGAAAGAGAGAGAGAGAGCAGGUUUGGCGGGGCCGCGAAAGGAGGAGAGACGUAGAUGAGCAGAGAUAAAGAGUAAGAGAGGAAAGGAGCGGUCCCCCGGCAAACGAGAAGCGAGCCGCGAUGCAUUCGCUCUACUCGCUAGAUAUAAAUACGCGACAGAGGGCAAGGAACCAACCACGCCUGCACCGGCAGCUACUGCCUAACGACACCGACACGCACACACGCGGCCCCAUUGUGAUAAAGCGAAAGAAGGAACGCUGGUGGACGGAGAGAAGGAGAGCCAAGCUGCUGCUGCUGCUGCGAGUUCGUUCAUGCGCCCAUCCGUGCGCUGCGAGUUCCGGACGAAUGUGGUCGGCUCUUUCUCUCUCUUUCUCUCGAAGACGCGCGGCCAAAUAUUGCAUCGUCGGAUAAAUAUAGGCAGUCGCGCACCGCGCCAGCCCUAACGCGUACUUUUCUCGGGCCGGCUACUGCUGCACUCGUCGAGAGAGAGAGAGAGAGAGAGAGUCGGCAUUCCUCUCCCGCGCGAAACGAUCGUUAAAUCCGUUCUUCGUGGCCGAGAACUUGGCGAUAACGAUCUCCAAACGAUCCGCGUGCGACGUUUUCUUUUUCCAAAUCGUUCCUAUAUGCGCUUCCCGCGUGUAGAGAGACCCCCGCGAGGGUAAACAGAAUUACAGCGUUCCGGAUGAUUAUUAUAUCGGGGAGAAUUGACGGGGCAAGAACUCUCGGCGAAAAAAAAAAAAAAAUGAAUCGCAGCUUCUCCCGGACGGAUAUUGCUCUCCGUGAUUCCGCGCGCUGGAAUAAAAUUUCAAUCGACAAUACAUAUUCGACGGCGCAUUCGCGACGAGUUUCGUUUAUAUAGAAAUCCAUCUCGAGGCGCGAUCGAAAUCCCUCGCGGAGAUUCCUCCCUCCUGUUUCCCUUUAUGCGACGGCGUUAUCUCAUCGCGGCGACGCAUUACAGACGAUAAGUUGUAAUCGGGUCAGUACAACGAUGCAUUGUAAAGCGCAUCGUCCGACUACGAACUCGCUCAUGAAUCUUCUCCGUCGAACGCGAUAUAUCGACGAUGCGUCCCGAAUCUCUCCCGUUUUACGGAACGCGACUUACGUAAGAGAAUGCAUUACCGUACUUUUCUUCCGCCAAUAAUAUAUAUAAUCGACGAUGCGCGAAUUCGCUUAUUUCGAAUUCAAGUAAGCGUCAAUAAUGCACAUUCGUACAUAUAUCGUUGAUUUUUUUUUUUUUUUUUUAAUUAAACACGCAAAUCAAAAAUCAGAUUCGAGGGAGGAUGACUCUUCCUUCGCGCGAGGAGAAACAGGAUACACCGAGGCACGCGAGACUGCACGAGUCUCUCGCCGGCUUUGUUUGGGCGCGCGCCGCGCGUCGCGAGGACGAGCACGUGGCCGCGGGGGCACAAUCAGUGAAAAUCAUCGGGUGCGCGGACAUUGGGUGGCGGGAAACGUGCGUGAUAGCGCGCGCGGCAGCCGCGGAGGGAGGCCCUAAUCAACCUGGCGCGCGUGAAUCUAACCCCACGCGAGAAACGGGGUGGGAGAGAGAGAGACGGUCGGUGGAGGGAUGCUCUCUCUCUCUCUCUCUCUUCGCCGCGACGAUCGGAGACGGUUAUCGCGGAAGUUCGGCAAUUAUAGGUGCCGAGUCGUCCUUUUUUCUCCCUCUCUCUCUCUCUCUCUUUCUUCCUCCGAUUUUUUUUCCUUCUCUCUUUUUUUUUCGCCGAGUGAUAUUGAUUUGGGAGAGGCAGUUCGUAUUCGCGGCACGAGCGUACCUUGUGACUCGCGGAGGCGAUGCCGCCGCCAGCCAGCGCGAUGCAUCACGGCGCAGCGCGCAUUGAGGGGUACAACAUCGCUGCCGAGAGAGGCUCGCGGCGGCGAGACGAAAGGCUGGACGGAGAGAGAGAGAGAGAGAGAGGGCCGGUCGUUCCCCUACGCCGAAUGACCGCCCCACCGCGCGGACCGUUCAUCCCCCGACGACGCGGUAUCAAACCCCUUCCACCGGUUCAACGAACAUAACUUCCUCGCUUCGCCUACUCCCGCCGACCCAUCCCCUCCCGCCGCGCCGGUCCUCGCCGGUCGUCUCGUUCUCCACCAUCGCCACCACCAUCAGCCUCCUCUCCAGGAACGAGCGUCGAAUUUCGCCAGCCCCGGUCUUCUCCGGCGAAUUUUGUCGCGACGUUCCGAUGCGUCGCCAGAGUUCCGAGAGAAUUUUGCCGAGGCGCCUUUGACAGCCGAUCAGCUGAUCGGCUGUCAUCCGGCGAGCGACUUUUAAUUAUGAAUUUAUUUGAAAUCUAAUCCGAUUGAUUCUCCCUCGAGUCUGUCAAACGUACAAUUUUGAUGAAAAAUCGAGCUAAUUCGAAGGUCACUUUCGCAUGCAAAAUUGUAAUUGUUAGAACCGCGUAGACGGGUGGAUGCAUCGACGAAUCGAAUCGCACGAACGAAUAAUGAGAAGAAAAGGGCGAGAAAAGUAUAAUUGACGGAGUCGCUCUCUUAGAACGAUAUUAGGCCCGCGGCAUGUGUCACGUGUCACUUUGUGACAGACUCCGCGAGUGUCCUUGGACAAGUUGGUCCCCUCCACCCUCCGUAUUUUGACGGGCCGCGAGUGGAAUAAGGGAAGGGGAGUUAGUUUGCCCCCUCGGAUGCAUCCACCCCUGCGACUGUCGCUACCAUCGCCGCCGCCACCUUCUCUCUCUCUCUCUCUCUCUCUCUAUACCAUCCCAAACCCGAACCAGUCCAGAAAUCCCCCACUCCGCACGCGUGUGCACCGCGACGGAAGCGGCAACGCCGCAGAACGCUCGCCAGUGUCUCGGUCUUGGCGAGUUACUCGGGGGCUCAGGCCGAGUCUACCGAGAUUGUGUCUACCGGCGCGGGUAACCCGAAAGCGAGUGUGGCGAGGAUUAAAGUCGCGGGCCGCUCUACGGCAUGCGGGACCGUCUCGCUGCUGUCUGAAGGCCGUACAGGAACGCACGAGGGACGGCGCGUCAACGAUAAGAAAAGUUUCACGGCGGAUCUAGAGCAGGAGGCCGACGCCGCCGCGACGACGACGACGACGACGACGACGACAAGACGAGAGAGAACGGCGAUAAAGGGAGGAGUGGACGACAGCAGGAGCACGCAUCGUCGUCGCGCGGUAGACGUAGGGAAGAGGAGGAGCGACAGGGACAGAACGGCCGACGAGACGGGCGCCGCGCGCUCGCACGUUGCCGCGCCGCGCUUCGAUAUAUCGCACCGCACGCGCGUCGUGAUCCGCGUAACACGCGCGUACGCACCGCGUCGUGAAACGCGACCCAUACAUAUUUAUAUGAAUACACGGUGACCCGCGCGCGGAGAUAAUACAGUGUAAAUGGCGCUCUCGGCGCAGAACCAGUCGACGUCGUACGUGAACUUGUAUUACUCGAUCGUCCAGCGCGCGGCGACGCGCUACUUUAAGGAAUACUACAACUCUGAUACUGGCGCGCCCUACGUAUUGUACAAAGAUAAUAUGGAGAGACCCCAGGGGCAGUGGGGCCCGGGGCCGGGAUCUCUCCAGGACGGCGGACUGUAUCCGCAGCAGCAGCAACAACAGCAACAGCAGCAGCAACAGGGUUCCUCUUCGUCGGGGAGUCCACAGCAGGCCUGUGGUCCUCCCGUGGAGGGUAGCGAGAACGGUCCCCCGCCCUCUUUAGCAUCGCCUGUGCCCUCACCGUAUCCCUCGGCGCCUCCCGAGCCUCAGUCCUUGACUCCACCGGACGAUGACAUACAAUCGAGUCAGGCAACAUCCCAACAACAGCAGCAGCAGCAGCAACAAACGCAGCAGCAAGUUCAACAGCAGCAGCAGCAGCAGCAACAACAGCAGCAGCAGCAGCAGCAACAGCAGCAACAAGUUCAACAGCAGCCGCCUCAACAGCAGCAGCAAACGCAACAACAAGAUCACUCGCCGCAGCAACAAUUGACUCCUCACGCGGAUGUGGACCGCAGCGACUGUUUCCCCGGUGCCGGGGAACUGCAACAGUAUCCGCAACAUUACUUCAAAGAGGCUCGGCCGCAUCCCUCGCCGUCCGUGCCACCUCAUAUGCUCACCCCCGGCGGCUUCUCCGCGCUGCACUAUCUGAAACAACCCGGGGUAAUGCUGACGUCCCUCGGCCAGGGCGACGGCGGGCCCGGCUUGGACGCGCAUCAGUACGCGAGUCCGGGCGCGCCCAACAUGGCGACCGGGCUGCCCGACAUCGUGCAGCAGAGCGGCAAAUCGUCCAAGUCCGGCAACAGCGAUCUACGGCUGUUCAAGUGUUUGACCUGCGGCAAAGACUUUAAACAGAAGUCGACUCUGCUGCAGCACGAGCGGAUCCACACGGAUAGCCGGCCGUACGGGUGUCCGGAGUGCGGCAAGCGGUUUCGGCAACAAUCCCAUCUCACGCAGCACCUGCGCAUACACGCUAACGAGAAGCCGUACGCUUGCGUUUACUGCGAGCGUACGUUCCGGCAGCGCGCCAUCCUCAACCAGCAUCUGCGCAUCCACUCGGGUGAGAAGCCAUACCAAUGUCCGGAGUGCGGAAAACACUUCCGUCAGAAGGCGAUCCUGAAUCAGCACGUCCGCACACACCAAGACGUGAGCCCGCACCUCAUCUUCAAGAACGGGAUGACACCGACUCUCUGGCCGCAGGACGUUCCCUUUCCGCCCGAGGAAGGUAAGGAAGAGGUAGCGUCGACGUUCGGCGACACGGACACGCAGUCGGGCGCGUUCAGUCCGGCGCCGGACGCCAACUCCAUCCAGUACCCCGCUUACUUCAAGGAUCCGAAAGGCGGCAAUCACACGGUCUUCGGCGCGGGCGGUCCGGGCAGCUUCGGCGCUCUGCAGUACAUCAAGCAGCAGGGCGGCACGAAGAGCUGUCUACCCGAUGUGAUACAGCACGGCCGUUCGGCCGGGAUGCCGCUGUACGUGCGCUGUCCGAUCUGCCAGAAGGAGUUCAAGCAGAAGUCGACCCUGCUACAGCACGGAUGUAUACACAUCGAGUCGCGGCCGUAUCCGUGCCCGGAGUGCGGCAAGAGGUUCCGCCAACAGUCCCAUCUAACGCAACACUUGCGUAUCCACACGAACGAGAAGCCGUACGGUUGCGUGUACUGCGGGCGCAAUUUCCGUCAGCGCACGAUCCUGAAUCAGCAUCUGCGCAUUCACACGGGCGAGAAGCCGUACAAGUGUCAGCAGUGCGGCAAGGACUUCCGUCAGAAGGCGAUUCUAGAUCAGCACACGCGCACCCAUCAGGGCGAUCGGCCGUUCUGCUGCCCGAUGCCGAACUGCAGGCGGCGUUUCGCCACCGAGCCCGAGGUGAAGAAGCACAUCGACAACCACAUGAAUCCGCACGCGGCCAAGGUGCGUCGGAACUCGAGCGGCGACACGAAGCCGCCCGGCACGCCCGCGGGUCUGGGCCCGGUGCCGGUGCCCCGCGGUACCCUCACGCCCACGGUCGUCAAGCCGGAGCUCUACUUCCCGCAGUGCUACGCGCCCGCGUUCAAUCACCAGCCGCCGGUGUCGACCGCGCAAUUUCCCGGCGCCCAGGCGAACGGGGUAUCCGUAACCGGCGAAUUCAAGCCGCCGACCGGUCUGCCGCCGCAGUGACUAACCGUCCAUCCUGCCGCCUACUAGCAAGCAGGAAUCCCCGCGCUGAGGUUUCAGCGCUGCUUCGGCCCGGCCGCCGCGUUGGAGGCCGACGCGACGUCGAACGCGAUCGUCGCCGCCGCCGCCGCCGCCGCUGCUGCCGCCGCCGCCAACAACCGAUGCGGCCAGCAGCCGAUCCAGCAACACUACCCGUGACUGAUUUAUCACUGUGCAUUUACUAGGGUUGUCUUGUCUUGUUUUGUCUUGUCUUCUCUUCUUUGUUUUCGCCGUUUCACAACUCGCAGAGCCUCGGAACGCGUCGCCAGCUAGUCCCGGAACUCGACGGGGAGAACUCGGCGGUCGGUUUUUCCUCGCUCCUCUUGUUUUGUCGGAUCAUCAAGUCUUUCGAAAAUUCUAGCCACAAACGGAGAGGCGAAACGAAUCGAUUUUUGCGUUGUUUGGGAAGCAAGGGGAGGACAUCGAGUUCCCUCCUACAUAUAUUCGUGCGUAUAUCCUUGCAUUUUUGCUACCGAGUGGCAACACGAUAAUGCGCAAUUAUACUCGCUCAGGUAUAUAUUACUCGCGACGUUUUCUCGUUUACGGUAUCCGCGAGAUCGCGAUGCCAUGAUUCGUUACUUCCUCGCGAUUCGCUCUCUAUGAUAUAGCGCGUCGGAUUAAGAUUUCAUCUUCAAAGGAUUCCGUCAUUGUCCGCUACUGAUCCGCAUCGCCAAGCCGUCGAUCUCGCACGAGGGACGAGGAGAGGAGAACGUAUAGCUUCGGGAAAAACCGGCCGCCGCUCACCGUCGAGCCAACUCAUUAGCCAGAGACCAAGGUAAAGCGACCAACGAAGGGUCUCGUCUGUUUCUCCGUACGUAUUUUUUUUAUGAUUAAUCGAUCACACGACGUACCUUCUCGCGUUUCUUUCGAGGGAGUAAGCACUAGAGAGUUCGGGGCUCUUGUUUUCCCUCCCUCACCCCCCGCGAGGCGCGUAGGCGAAUUCUCGAAGAGAUUGACAAGAGUGUGUUCGCCGCAGUUCGCAGUUUCGUUCAAAAUACGCCACGUAUCGCCAAACGGGUUGAAGAUGUUCGAUUUCGACCAGACUAAAAUGAUUGUGAUACAAUAUUUAACUUGCCUAUGUUUUAAAAUGUUUCGCGAGAAUGAGAGGGAGAGAGAGAGAGAGAGAGAGAGAAA